UACAUUGGUAGAAAUGGACUACAUUGUUAACAUUUUGUAUCUGCUAAUGAAAAGAAAAAUUACGAGUCUGAAGUGAAUACGAUAGUAGAAUUCCAAGUGGAAUUUCAACGGGGAAGUCUAAAAUGAGCCCGAUAAGUCGCUUAAUCGGAUUUACGCAAUCGUCGAAAAAAAAGCGUCGUGAAUGACUUCGUAUUUUCUUGUCGUCUGCCGCGAUCUGAGAUGAACGGGAUUUUCCAUAGUCGCGCAGUCGCAGCUGUCUGACGGGUAAGUGCAGCUGUCGACCGUCGUGACAUUUGUGACUUCUUCAUUAAGGUUAUCCUCGUUUGCCGGUCCAACUCCGGAGCCCGGAUUAAUUUUGGAUUGAACAUUUUGAACGACAGAGAUAGUGCCCGAUAAGUUCGAAAGGAUAAUGUCGGACACGGCUGGAAAGGUUAUCAAAUGCAAGGCUGCGAUAGCAUGGAAGCAAAAGGAGUCUUUAUCCUUGGAAGAAGUUGAAGUAGCACCACCCAAGGCACAUGAAGUCCGAAUCAAAGUCAUAGCUGUGGCGCUUUGUCACACAGACGCUUAUACUCUGGAAGGAUUGGAUCCAGAAGGAGUAUUUCCUUGUAUACUUGGUCACGAGGGCAGUGGUAUCGUGGAGAGUGUCGGAGAGGGUGUCACUGAAUUUCAACCUGGUGAUCAUGUUGUACCGCUCUACAUUCCUCAAUGCGGGGAUUGUAAAUUCUGCAAAUCGCCGAAAACGAAUUUAUGCAGUAAAAUCCGUGAAACCCAAGGUAAAGGUUUAAUGCCCGAUGGUACAUCUCGUUUUACAUGCAAGGGACAAAGAAUCGCACACUUUAUGGGCUGCUCCACCUUCUCCGAAUAUACAGUGGUAGCUGACAUUUCCCUCGCAAAGAUUAAUCCUACAGCACCGUUGGACAAGGUUUGCUUGUUGGGUUGUGGAAUAUCUACAGGUUACGGCGCAGCUUUAAAUACAGCCAAAGUAGAGCCAGGAAGCACUUGUGCCAUAUGGGGCUUAGGUGCUGUUGGCCUUGCAGCAGCCUUCGGUUGCAAAAAAUCCGGGGCAUCUCGUAUUAUCGGGAUAGAUACCAAUACCGCUAAAUUUGAAAGAGCUAAGGCUUUCGGAUGCACAGAAUUUGUCAAUCCCAAGGAUUAUAAUAAACCUAUUCAGCAGGUAUUAAUCGAGAUGACUGAUGGUGGAUUAGAUUAUACCUUCGAAUGUGUUGGAAAUGUAAAUACCAUGAGAGCUGCAUUAGAAUCUUGCCACAAAGGAUGGGGCACAUCCGUAAUAAUAGGAGUAGCCGCAGCUGGCCAAGAGAUCAGUACUAGACCAUUUCAGUUGGUCACAGGACGAGUAUGGAAAGGGACCGCAUUUGGCGGAUGGAAAUCAAAGGAAAGCGUACCGAAAUUGGUGGAGGAAUAUCUGUCAAAGAAAUUGAUCCUCGACGAAUUUGUUACGCAUAAUCUUCCGUUUGAAAAAAUCAACGAAGGUUUUGAUAUACUGCACUCAGGAAACUGUUUAAGAGCUAUCCUCAAAUACUAAAAAAAAGCAUUGUUUUUUAUCUUGUACUGCAAAGAUAUGGCCUACUAACAACCAGCGUCUUCCAAUUUAUUAAAAAAUGCGUAAUAAUACGUAUACACACAGAUGAAUACAUACUAUCUUCUCACAUUGAUGCGUUCAUAUCUGCUUUUUAUAAAUUUGUAUUGAAUCUCUGGAAACAAAAGAAAUAAAAUUUAUAUUUGCUAUA